AUGCCUCAUGGACAUUCGCAUGGCGGCGGCGGCUACCUGCCGGGCAUGCCUCAUGGACAUUCGCAUGGCGGCGGCGGCUACCUGCCGGGCAUGCCUCAUGGACAUUCGCAUGGCGGCGGCGGCUACGUGCCGGGCAUGCCUCAUGGACAUUCGCAUGGCGGCGGCGGCUACCUGCCGGGCAUGCCUCAUGGACAUUCGCAUGGCGGCGGCGGCUACCUGCCGGGCAUGCCUCAUGCACAUUCGCAUGGCGGCGGCGGCGGCUACCUGCCGGGCAUGCUUCAUGCACAUUCGCAUGGCGGCGGCGGCGGCUACCUCCCGGGCAUGCCUCAUGCACAUUCGCAUGGCGGCGGCGGCUACCUGCCGGGCAAACCUCAUGGAUAUUGGCAUGGAGGCGGCGGCGGCUACCUGUCGGGCAAACCUCAUGGACAUUGGCAUGGCGGCGGCGGCUACCUGUCGGGCAAACCUCAUGGACAUUGGCAUGGCGGCGACGGCUACCUGUCGGGAAAACCUCAUGGACAUUGGCAUGGCGGCGACGGCUACCUGUCGGGCAAACCUCAUGGACAUUGGCAUGGCGGCGACGGCUACCUGUCGGGCAAACCUCAUGGACAUUGGCAUGGCGGCGGCGGCUACCUGCCGGGCAAACCUCAUGGACAUUGGCAUGGCGGCGGCGGCUACCUGCCGGGCAAACCUCAUGGACAUUGGCAUGGCGGCGGAGGCUACCUGCCGGGCAAACCUCAUGGACAUUGGCAUGGCGGCGGUGCCAGCUACUUGCCGGACAAACCUCAUGGACAUUCACAUGGCGGCGGCGGCUACCUGCCGGGCAAACCUGCUGGACCUCCACUGGGCCAGUAUGCUCCGCCACAAGCUGGACCUCCACUGGGCCCAGAGUGGGCACAACAUUCCAGCAGAGUUGAGGCAACACAUCUGCACUUGGGAUACAUUGCAGGACAACAUCAAAUAGCGCGCCCCCUCAGUGCUGCACCACUGCGAAUAAGCACAAGGAGAGACGUGGAGGCAACGUAUGGCGUCGGCACACUGGGAAUGGCAGCAGCGUAUCAAAGAUGCGCAGAAACCUUGCCGCAGGAGCAAGGUCCCAGCACCUACCCUGUCACACAGGAGCAAGUCCCAGGCACAGCUGAUGAAGAAUACUACUCCACACCACAAACCAGGCUCAGUCCAACCUCAGCAACUGGACAAGGCCACCGUGAUGAACACAGUGAGACUGAAGAUCUACCAGACAUGCUCAGUUCUGAGACAUCUGCAGACGAAGCAAAAAACUUCCCACCCGGAUCACAGCAGUAUCCAACAUCUUAUCCAGAGGUACUGGAACAGGAUCAAAUGGGUGCACCACUGCAGUUGCCAGUUGGGCCAACUGCAGAGGACACAUCAGCAUUUCGUGAGAGAUCUAAAUCUUAUGGAAGUCUGUAA